CCACAAUACUCACACUCCAUAAAAAUAGAGGGUGACAUCAUCCUUGGAGGACUCUUUCCAGUACAUUCAAAAGGACCUUCAGGCAUCCCAUGUGGAGAUAUUAAGAAAGAGAAGGGAAUUCAGCGCAUGGAGGCUAUGCUCUUUGCAGUUGAUCAGAUCAACAAUGACCCAGAACUGCUGCCCAACAUUACCCUGGGGGCCCGAAUUAUGGAUACAUGUUCCAGAGACACCUAUGCCUUGGAACAGUCACUGACCUUUGUGCAGGCACUUAUCCAGAAGGACGACUUGGAUGUCCGAUGCUCUAAUGGUGAGCCACCUAUCAAAUCCAAACCAGAGCGAGUAAUUGGGGUCAUUGGUGCUUCAGCCAGCUCAGUGUCCAUAAUGGUGGCCAACAUCUUACGUCUGUUUGCUAUCCCACAGAUUAGCUAUGCUUCAACAGCUCCUGAGCUAAGUGACAAAACCCGUUAUGAGUUCUUCUCCCGUGUUGUGCCUCCGGACUCAUUUCAGGCACAGGCUAUGGUAGACAUUGUCAAAGCCCUGGGCUGGAACUAUGUCUCCACUUUGGCAUCAGAGGGCAACUAUGGGGAGAGUGGAGUUGAUGCUUUCCUUCAGAUUUCUAGAGAAGCAGGAGGUCUCUGUAUAGCUCAAUCAAUUAAAAUUCCUAGAGAGCCGAGACCAGGGGAGUUUGAUAAAAUUAGUAAGCGGCUAAUGGAAACUUCAAAUGCCAGAGGAGUUAUCAUGUUUGCUAAUGAAGAUGACAUCAAACAGGUCUUAAGUGCAGCAAAGAGGGCCAAUGUCACAGGUCACUUUCUGUUUGUCGGGUCUGAUAGCUGGGGGUCCAAGAUUGCACCCAUUCUCAACCAAGAAGAUGUGGCAGAGGGGGCAGUCACUAUUCUGCCCAAAAGAGCAUCUAUAGAUGGUUUUGACCAAUACUUUAUCUCACGUUCUCUGGAAAACAACAGGAGAAACAUCUGGUUUGCAGAGUUUUGGGAGGAUGAUUUUAAAUGUAGACUAACACACCCAGGCAUAAAACUAAACAGUGGACAGAGGAAGUGCACAGGAGAGGAGCAGAUUAGCAGGGACUCUCCAUAUGAGCAGGAGGGUAAAGUGCAGUUUGUGAUUGAUGCUGUCUAUGCCAUGGCCCACGCAAUUCACAUCAUGCAUAGAAACCUCUGCCCAGGGACGACAGGCAUCUGUGAUAGAAUGGACCCAAUUGAAGGAAGCCUGCUCCUCAAAAACAUUCGUGCUGUCAACUUUAAUGGCAGUGCGGGCACCCCGGUGAUGUUUAAUGAGAAUGGAGAUGCUCCAGGGUGCUAUGAUAUCUUUCAGUACCAGCUUUCUAACACCACCAACCCAGGUUACAAAAUUAUCGGCCAGUGGACAAACCAUCUUCAUCUUAAUGCAGAGAACAUGCAGUGGCCUGGAGGAGAAAAACAGUUUCCAUUAUCUGUUUGCAGCUUUCCCUGUAAGUCAGGGGAGAGGAAAAGAAUGGUGAAGGGUGUGCCAUGCUGCUGGCACUGUGAACUCUGUGAUGGCUACCAGUACCUCUUAGAUGAGUUCAAUUGUGGCACUUGCCCAUUCAACCUGCGGCCCACUCCUAACCACAUGGACUGUAUACCCACGCCCAUUAUCAAGCUUGAGUGGAGCUCCCCCUGGGCCGUUAUUCCUGUUUUUCUGUCUGUGCUCGGAAUCCUGGCCACUACCGGUGUCAUCAUUACCUUCAUCUGCUAUAACGAUACACCCAUUGUUCGUGCCUCAGGCCGGGAACUCAGUUAUGUGCUUUUGACAGGCAUCUUCUUCAUCUAUCUUAUCACUUUUCUCAUGAUUGCUGAGCCGAGCCCUGUGGUAUGCGCCUUCCGCAGGCUGUUGCUUGGUCUUGGCAUGUGCAUCAGUUACUCAGCUUUGCUCACUAAGACCAACCGCAUCUAUCGCAUAUUUGAACAGGGCAAGAAGUCGGUGACGCCGCCCAAGUUCAUCAGCCCCACUUCACAGCUCAUAAUCACCUUCAGCUUAAGCUCAGUUCAGCUGCUGGGGAUUUUCAUUUGGUUUGGUGUGGUUCCACCACACACAAUUGUUGACUUUGAGGAGCUGCAUCCCCCAAAUCCUGAGCUGGCACGAGGGAUCCUGAAAUGUGACAUGUCUGACUUGUCUCUCAUUGGAUGUCUUAGCUACAGCAUGGUUCUAAUGGUGACAUGUACUGUGUAUGCCAUAAAGAGCAGAGGGGUUCCAGAAACAUUUAAUGAAGCCAAGCCUAUCGGCUUCACAAUGUAUACCACCUGCAUCAUCUGGCUAGCUUUUGUGCCCAUCUUCUUCGGAACAUCUCAGUCUACAGAGAAGAUGUUCAUCCAGACAACUACACUGACUGUGUCUAUGAGUCUAAGUGCAACCGUCUCCCUGGGCAUGCUUUAUAUCCCUAAAGUCUACGUGAUCAUCUUCCAUCCAGAGCAAAAUGUGCAAAAGCGAAAGCGCAGCUUUAAAGCUGUGGCACAGGCAGCUACAAUGUCUUCACGCCUCUCUCAAAAAUCCAGUGAUAGGCAAAAUGGAAGGAACGAAAUGGACACUGACAGGUCUCAAUAAAUGCUGCAAGUGACUGUUUUAUUAAAUCUUGUUUUUAGCGUUUAAAGUCCUAAAGUUUUCACAGUGAUGUUAAUGUGCUUUUGGUUUUCCACUGUUUCUCUAGCUCAGGGGUUUUCAACCUUUUUAGGCAUGCGCCCCCCUUCGUGUGCCAAGCGCGACUUGCGCCCCCCCUCGCGCCCCCCUCCCCUUGGUGAGACAGCGCUCAAUCGCGUAUGCCGAAAGCAGCUUCCUUCCGCCACGCCCCCUACCCUUGGUAAAACAGAUGCCAAGCGCGGAUUCCUCCACGCCCCCUUCCCCUUGAUGAGGCACGGCUCACGCGCCCCUCCCCUUGGUGAAGCACGGCUCUAUCUCGUGUGCCACCGGUUCGUAAUAAUAAUCUCGUAAUAAUAAUCCCCCCCCCCCCCCCCCCCUAAUGUCCCCCAGACAAGUACUCCCACAGGUUGAAAACCCCUGCUCUAGCUAACAGGAUAUUGUAAGA